AUGCAAGAUCAAGAUGAGUGUAAAGUUACUGUGCACAGUAACGCUCAUAAGCUCUUAUUUGGAGAUGAUGGAAAUGAUCAGGUUCAGGAAAUACCUUCCAAACCUCCGUUAGUUUCAAAAGAGAGCGAAAUUAAUAAAAGGAAGCAUAGAGCUCCUCAAGUUCAAAAAGCUCCAAAGCAGUCGAGUUAUAGUCAACAAUUUGUGGAAAAAUAAAACUUAUGGAACUCCAUCCAAGGCAAAAAAGUUCUCCCCAGCACCGAUUCCAGUUACAAAACCAUCUCUAGGACCACCAGCAAUGAAGAAGGUUAAGCAAUUUAUUCCUGAAGAUAGCUUAAGUCAUCAGCAGAUAAUCCAAUCUUCUGUGAACCCUCUUCCUUCCCUUUCCGAGCCUGUUGAACAACAUGCUCACAUAAAUAUGAGUAAUUACAACUAUCAUCAGCAGAAUACAAGGGAAAAGUUCUCUCAGCCUCAUGAGCGAAAGAAGGCUAAUUUCGAGCAUGAUAGAAGAAGCAAUAUCUCUAAUGUCAGUAAUAACAUAAUCCCUUCACGAGAGAGGUUGCAUCGAAAUGAUUCUGCUUCUUCUUCAGGAGUCAAUCAUUCUAUGAAUACAAACAAAGGAUAUGUCAAGAUGACUCCUGCUCCUGCUUUCGGCACUCAGAGCGUCCCUCAAGAGCUUUACAGUCAUCAUUCAGAAGCUAAUUACCAACAACCAGCCCAAAGAAUUCAGGAUGUGCGUCAGAAAGUUCCAGAAAAUUGACAAAAUAAAGCCAAAAAGAAGAAGAGAGGUGACUCAGAAUCGAUUCUCAACCAGUAUAGUCAUAAUCUGCCUCCCACCCAGAUUGAGUAUCAGUCUGGAAUUGGUGAAAUCCCUCCUCCGAUCUACGACCCAGGCCAGGAUACUCUUCGCAAGAAGGUUCAAGCCAAACCUUUACCAGGAAAUGGAGACCUUAAAGAACUAGAGGACUGUUUCGACGAAAUCAGGAACGGAAAUGAUAUAAGCGAGAAUAAUAAAGAAAACUUUGGAUACAACAAAGAACCAGGAUAUGCCUAUCAGAACCAGAAAGAUACUAGCAAGAGAAAGAGCACUUAUAAACCAUAUUCUCUUAAAGAGUACAAAGAAAAGCCGAAUGACCCAAAAUUUUACAGAAUGGGAGGUUUGGGAGCCAACAUUGGGACUGAAGAAUGGGAGAAGAAGAACAGUAAACUUCAAGCAAUGAGGCAAUUUGCUUCAAAAGUUAAAAUUACCAACAAAGCAACUAACUCUAACCCGCCUAAGAGAAAGAAGGAGCCUACUAAAGAGAAAUCUAAACGAGAGAAAGCACUCGAGUUUGCUAAGAAUGUUCCUAAACCUAAAAUUCCCCCGAAGAAGCAGAAAAUAGUUAAGCAAAAGACCGAUCUGGAUAGAUUUGAAGAUGGACUUAUGGGUGGGCUUGAUGAUAUACCUGAAGAACCAAAGUACUCUGAGCUAGAUGAGCUUAACCAAAAGCAUGAGCAUUUUGUCAACGAAGUCAAUGAUAUAAAGAAGUUAUUUAUGUAA